AUGACCACUGAAGACAUUGAAUCGGAGAAUGUCGUAGAACUCAUCGAGAAGAUUGAUGGCGCCCUUGAUGAACAAGGAGAUACGGUCCAUGUCGAGUUCAAAAAUGACGAAUUCACGGAGGAGGAACAGAAGAAGAUCAUUCGUAAAAUCGACCGCAGACUUGUGACUGGCUUAGGGCUUCUCAUGGGCAUGUGUCUCAUGGACAGAACAAAUCUUGGCUCAACUGCUAUUGCUGGGAUGUUGGAGGAUCUAGACCUAGAGACUGGCACCAGAUACUCGCUUGUGCUGUUGAUCUUUUUUAUACCUUUUGUACUCCUGCAACUGCCGACUAAUGUCAUUGUGCGAAAUGUCAGUCCUAGGCAUUUCUCCUGUGGUGUCACCCUGGGUUGGGGUGUACUGAUGGUGGGUGCGGGAUUCGCCAAUAAAUGGUGGCACCUCCUGAUUAUUCGGGCCUUACUCGGGGCUCUUGAAUCGAGUCUGUUUGCAGCACUUAUUCUUUUGUUAUCCACUUGGUAUACCCGUUACGAUGUGCAUAAGCGGUUCUCGAUGGAUGGUCUGAGCGGCCUUGCGGGGUGGAGAUACAUUUUCAUAAUGGAAGGGCUCCUCACUUUCGUUGUUGCCAUUAUCGGUUGGCUAUUGCUUGUGGACUACCCUCUAGGUUCUCACAAAUGCUGGAUGUUUUUGACCGAGAAAGAGGAGACAUUCGUCAUUCGCCGCAUCGAUGAUGACCGAGCGGAUGCCACUGAAGACAUUAAAUUUAACCUUCGUGAUUUCUUGCGUCCUGCUAAAGAUUGGAAAGUCUUUACCUACCCUAUGAUUUUCCUGUUGACGACCUGCGUGGCCUACUCCAUCUCAUUUUUCUUGCCCAUUAUUCUUGAAUCCAAACUAAAGUACGGAGUGACGGCGGCCCAAGGAUUGUCAACUCCCCCAUAUUUCGUGGCAGGUAUCUGGAUGUACUUAACAGCCUGGAUUGGCGAUAGAUACCACAUCCGUGGGCCCAUCGUCAUCUGGAACUGCCUUCAGUCUAUUGUUGGCCUAUCUCUUCUUGGCUGGGUUGCAUCUCCUGGAGGGCAAUACUUUGGUGUGAUCCUUGUUACUGCAGGCUGCAACGCAAAUGUUCCAACAGCCUUGGCCUGGCAAGCCAACAAUAUCCGCGGAAAAUGGGAACGCUCAUUCUGCAGUGCCCUGCUUAUCAUGGGUGGUGGGACUGGUGGCAUCAUCGGCUCUUUGGUAUUUCGUUCUCAGGACGCCCCUACCUACCGACCUGGAAUCGAAGCUUCUAUUGUGCAAGUGCCCCCCUUGGCCCCUAUAAUGCUCAUGCUGAGAAUGCAUGCCCUCAACAAGAAGGCCGCUACUGGAGCUAUCGUGCUUGAAGGACUGGCUGGAUUUACGUACACCCUGUGA